UUUAGUGUCAUAUUUUCUGUAUUAGUUCGUCAGCGUAUUUUUAUUUUUGCUCCUAAGUAUUAUUUACCAAAUUGUAUAUACUUACUUAUACUAGUCAUAUUAAUAAGCACUGUUCUUCUGCCUGCGUAUGGCGGACAGUGCUUACGAUCCGUACCAGAAUCGCAAUGUGGAGAAACCAAUCUCAAACUUUGGAGCCUUCAUAUCCCUGAUAAAAUGUGUCAUCGGAACUGGUGUUCUGGCACUGCCCCUGGCAUUUAGGUAUUCGGGAACGAUCCUUGGCAUUGUUCUUCUGACACUUACGGCCUUUCUGCUUAUCCAUGGAAUACAGCUGAUAGUGCGUUGCAUGGUAGAGUGCUCCCGUCGAAUGCAGAUCGGAUAUGCCACCUACCCGGAGGCGAUGGUCUACUCCUUUGCCAACGGCCCCAAAUGCUUUAGGUAUAUUUCCAAGGCCGCGGGCUACCUGGCGGACAUAGUGCUGUGUUCCUCGCACUACGGCAUCUGUGUGGUCUACCUUGUCUUUGUCUCCAGCAACAUAAAGUCCGUGGUCGAUCAGACUGUGGACUUGGAGGCUGUGGUGGACAUACGGAUCUAUAUUGCCGUUAUUGGACUACUGAGCAUACCCUUUUUUUGCAUCAUUUACCUGAAGUAUCUGGUACCCCUCAACUUUGUGGCCAAUCUUUUGCUCUACAUUGGAUUCGCAAUGAUUUUCCACUACAUCUUUCAGGACUUGCCUCCGUUUUCGGAUCGCUCAUUCGUGGGCGACCCCUUGAAGCUUUCCAUUUUUUUCGGAAUUGUGCUCUUCUCCAUUUCGUCGGUGGGCGUGAUGCUGGCCGUCGAGUCCAAAAUGGCAAGGCCGCAAAAGUUCAUCGGUUGGUUUGGCGUACUCAAUUUAGCCUCCUUUGUGGUCGUCAUCUCUUACAUCACGUUUGGAAUAUUUGGUUACUGGCACUACGGAGAGGAAGUGCAAGCAUCCUUAACCCUCGACCUGCCGACAGAACCGAUGGCCCAUGCAGUCCGAAUACUAAUAUCAAUUGAUGUGUUCUUGACGAUUCCGCUGUCCGGAUACGUUGUGAUCGAUAUCAUCAUGACCCACUUCUGGAACAAAAGCGGUAACCUGAAGCGGGCCCUGCUGAAAGAGAUCAUACUGAGGAUUAGUUUUGUGUUAGUCGCUACGCUCAAUGCCAUUGCCUUCCCGGAUUUGGGUCCACUACUGGCGAUGGUUGGGGCCAUCACAAUUUCACUGCUGAAUCUCGUCUUUCCGGCUAUUCUCGAGAUCUGUUUGUACUAUCCGGAGGAAUUUAACUACGGAAGGUUUAAGUGGAAGCUCGUCAAGGACAUAAUUAUGAUUAUUAUAGGAUUCCUCAUUUUAAUCCAAGGCACCGUCUUUUCUAUCAUAGACAUGGUAGAGUUCUAUGGUUCAUGAAAUAAAUCCUCCGAGAGCAACAAUGUACUCAAAACCUGAAAUGGAAUCACUACCUUAAAAUGCUUUAACCCAUAAAUUCUUUGUUGAAUUAA